AUGGAAAAAGUGCCAGGUAUCAACCAGCUGGACAAGGUGAAAUUCCGUCCUCAGGCUUUCUCAGUGGUCACUCCUCUGCUGGAUCCUCUCAUGGAAACUGUCAUAUUGGUAGCCAUCUGUCUAAAAUCUCAAGUCACUAUGGUGCUCGUCAUGGAGGAUCUUCAAAUAACCAUCAUGGAGGAUCCCACUCUUCUGGCCAACAUGGAUUAUCACAUGGUUUAUCUCAUGGUUUAUCUCAUGCUUCUCAUCAUGGAGGAUCACAUAUUUCCCUCCAUGGAGGUUCCCAUACUUCUCAUCAUGGAGGCUCCCACAGACUUCAUUGCGGAGGUUCUCAUAGUUCUCAUCAUUCUUCCAAUGCCACCCAGCAUGGAAGUUCCCAUAAAGUCCAUCAUGGCAACCACUAUAGAGCCCCCAGUGUACAUGGAGGGUCAGGAGGAAACCAUGCAGCACUUGAAUGAUCGCUUGGCUUCCUAUUUGGACAAAGUCCACUCUCUGGAGCAAGAGAAUGCCCAGCUUGAGAGAAAUAUCCAGGAGUGGUAUGAGAGGAAUCAGCCCAGCGCUUUACCCAACUUCAGCAGCUUCUUCAGGAUUAUUCAAGAGCUUCAAGGCCAGAUUUCCUCAACUUCUUUGGACAAUGCAAGUAUUACAUUACAAAUAGACAAUGCUCGUCUGGCAGCAGAUGACUUCAGAAACAAGUAUGUAAUGGAACGCCAGCUUAGAUGUAGUGUUGAGGCUGAUGUGAAUGGACUUCGUAUACUCCUGGAAGAACUGAAUCGGGACAUAUGCAAUCUGCAGGCACAAGUUGGAAACCUUCAGGAGGAACUGCAGCAAAUGAGGAGGAUCCAUGAGGAGGAAGUCAAUGCUUUGGAAGCUCAGCUGGGUGCCAGGGUCAGUGUGGAAAUGAAUGCUGCUCCAUCGGCUGAUAUGAAUAGAGCCUUAUCUGAAAUUAGAGAGCAGUAUGAGAACCUGAUGGAGCGGAAUAUGAGAGAGGUGGAAACUAUUUUCCGACAAAGGACUGAGGAACUGAAUCGUGAUGUUGCUUCUGGUUCUGAACAACUCCAAUCUGUACAGACCGAAGUUAUUGACUUGAAUCGCACCGUCCAAACCCUGGAGAUCGAACUGCAGAGCCAGCUGAGCAUGACAUCUGCUCUGGAGAACACCUUGGCAGAGACAGAAGCCACAUUUGGAGCCCAACUUGCCCAGUUACAAUGUUUGAUCAACAGUGUAGAGUCCCAGCUGGCACAGGUACGCUCUGACCUGGAACGUCAGAACCAGGAAUACAGUAUCCUAAUGGACCAAAAGACACACCUGGAGAUGGAGAUCGCUACCUAUAAGCGCCUAUUGGACGGCCAACAGGCCUUUGCAGGGGACGUUUCCCUUAUAUUGAGUAAAAGUACUUGUGAUGUUGCAGACAGACUUCACUUGCGCUGGUUGUACAACAUGGAGACUCUCAUGGAAGCUGCUCAUAUCCUGUAUAGAGAGGAUAGAGAGUGGAAUGAAAUAGCUUCCAGUCAAGGUGAAUAUAGCGAAUUGCCGGGAAGGAGAGUGGAACAGUCUGCAGCAGUAGUUAAGAUGAUGCGCUCUCUGAGUACACCUGCUCAGUGUCAGCACAUUGCUGGACCACUGAGCAAUUGA